CUUAGUGUGUAUAAAACAGUUUAAGCAGAUUACGAUCAUGGAUAACUAUUUAUCAAGACUUGCAUCCUUCUUUUCCUUUCCGUUUUCAUCUCCAGUUUCCACCGUUUCUUUGGCCGAGGCAGGCUUCCAUUAUACCGGGAAUAAAGACGAGGUUGUUUGUCAUCGCUGUACAUGUAAAUACAGUGGAUGGCAGAAACAUGACGAUCCUAAGUCUAUCCACAAAGCAAUAUCACCAGACUGCACAUUUAUAUUUAAAACCGAUAACGGAAAUGAUGAUAAAAAACUGGUUUCCUUAUCGAGUGGUACCGGAGAUAAACAGGAGCAAGGAGAAUGUGGAACGGAGGAUGGCGCAACAGGUGGGCCAUUGGGUCUUGUGGAAGAAAAAACUAAGGUUUCAAUAAAACAAGAUCAAAACUUCUCCGGCCAACAGCUAAAAACUGUUACCUGCCGGGAAACAGAAGUUAAAACAAAUACUGAUCUGACACAGAAAGAAUCCGGCAACAAUCUCGUAACAUCGCCAGCUAGUAGUAAUUUAUCUGCAAGCCAGGUCAAUCACAACGUCAUGGCAGAACAAGAUACAAUGAGCCUAAAUGUACCCGAUAGAUAUACGCAAGGAAACCAUUCACAAUCACCAGAGAUUACAAGAACCGGGGAGGAUUUCCCUACUACUGUUAGGUCUGGAUAUGAUCCUACAAUAUAUACGGAAACCCGUCAAGGCACAGACUCUCAUACAUCUCAAACGCUUCGCGCAGUCCGACCUCGAUAUCCGCAAUUUGCAAUAUUGUCUGUACGUUUGGCAUCAUAUAAAAAUUGGUCUACACAUCUUAGACAAAAACCUGAAGCUUUAGCAAAAGCUGGACUUUUCUAUGAAGGUACCAGCGACUAUGUGAGAUGCUUCCACUGCGCAGGCGGCCUACGCGAAUGGGAGCCAGAAGACGACCCUUUUAUUGAACAUGCGAGAUGGUUUCCAUUUUGCGAUUUCAUGCGACUGAUAAAGGGUGACGAAUUCAUUAUAGGUGUGCAAUCUGGAGCUAUUAAAGCUGAUCAUCAGGAAGCCACAUUGUCUGAAUCAUUGUUACGAUCAGAAAAGCCGGGAACACAUAUCCAGAACGUGUUUGAUGAUCCAGCUGUUCUCAGUGUCAUGGAAAUGGGCUACAACAAGGAAACCAUAUCUAAAGCAGUCCAGUUAUUCACCGCAAGAAACGGCAAAACAUUGAGUGCAGAAGCACUACUGCCAAUUGUUUGGGAGAUAGUUGGGGAUGAUGGGAUUGACUCCGAGGAAGAAGAUGACAAUAAAUUGAACGUAAAAGUUCCGGAUGAACUACACAAUACUGUUCAUCGAAAUGGAGAGGACAUUUCGACUUGUGAAACAGAUAUUGAAAUGCUUAAGGAGGAGAACAAAGCAUUGCGGGAGAGGAAGAUAUGCAAGGUGUGUCUCGACGAGGAAGCAAAUAUCGUAUUCCUUCCUUGUGGUCAUCUUGUCACCUGUCCGAUGUGUGCCUCCGCAUUAAGGAAGUGUCCAAUAUGUAGAUGCUUCAUCAGAGGAACUGUCAAAGCAAUUGUGUCGUAAUUUCAGCAUAUUUGCGAAUUUCUAACAUCGUUGUACUACAUGCCUUGAAUCUCAGCACGUUUGCGAAAUUUCAACAUCGAUGUAAUGCUUACAAUGUUAGCAUUUUCAAAGUGUUUACUAUUUCAAAGAUGAACAACUGAAAACAUAUUUUUGAUUCUUAAUCUUCGUUUACAGUUGACUAUCAUUCUGUCAUAUCAUAGCUAAGCUGUUAUAGACUGAAAAGGAUAUAUGUUUAUAUUAGUUAAGCUACCACCACAAGUCAAUAGAAGUCCACAACGUCCAGUUCUAUCAUUCAGAUACAUGGUGAACAUUUGUCAUACCGCGACCUUCAAGUGACUAUCCCUCAUCCAACCAGAUCAAGAAGAAAUCUUGGUAUGCGUACUUAUAUUCUUACAAUUAAAAUAUGUUUACUAUUUUACUAUCAAGUAAGUUCAAACUCAAAGAGGUUAAAUAUGUAUAUUCAUUUAAGUGACUUCUUCUAAAUACCCUGAAAAUACAGUGCAAAAUACCGUGUCAGUAGCAUACUUGAAUAAAAGGUUAUCAAGUCAGACAAAACGAAUGACCUUAACCAACUUUCUAAAUCAAAGAGAUCGAAUAAGUAAAACAAGUUUUUCUCAGAAAGAUUAAUCAUCCUGUGAGGUCAUUAACAUGUCAUUUUCUCUGGCUGUUUGAAUUAAUUCUUCGAUAAAGUCUUUAUUUGCUGAUCAGAUGAGCGAUGCAAUCUCAUUGGACACAUUGUUUGUGAUUAUGAGAGAGUAUACUACGUUGAAAAUACUGAAUACAGGUUUGAGAAAUGCUGACAAAAAUUGGUUUUGACGUCUUAUCGACUAUGUGUUCUGUUAAGUUGGUACACCAUUAAUAGCAAUAUACAUGUGAUUCACUCAGAAUAUAGCUGGAUAAAUAUUCACAGAUUUCGCGUUUGAUAUAUACCCGUUGCUAACUGUUACAUAACAUCAUUUACAAACGAUUCUGGCCUAUAUUACAAGCCCUCUGAAAUUAAUACAUAAUGAAGACGUUAUCUACUCAAAUGACAUAUAUUGAAUUUAAUUAGGAAAACAGUAGUAUCAUCUCUUGAAUUUUCUUUCUCUUUGCAUCU